ACGUUGAGUGGGUCAGCGGGACUUAUUUACUCCAUCGACGUGUACAUGCAGCACCAAUAUCACCACCAACAGCCAUUACAUUGAGUGUGUAUAAAUCCGUGGGGCCUGGUGGGGCCUUUUUAGUCUCAAAGUACAACGCGUGCUUGUCUUCUCACUGGGCAUUGAGCGAUAUUAGUGAUCGGGAACACGAGAUACCUGUCGCACGUACUUUUUAUUCGCUUACAAAAUUACCAACACUUGUUAAACAACUUAUUUUUUAUUUGUGAUAUUAAUAACCGACUUUUUUUUAUUUAAUUUUAUUUGAAAAAAAAAAAAAAAAUAAUUUAUGAUUUUAUUUAAAUUGUGAAUUAAAUUUAAAUAUGAAGUUCACGGCUUAUUUAUUGCUACUGAUGAUUGGAUGUACAUGGAGAGAAACAAUAAGUACCUGUGUACUGGAAUCAGACUUUGGUUUCAUGCUUAACUGUGUCUUCAAAAAAUCAUCCCUCUUUCGAGUAAGAAAUCUUGGCGGUGUCAAAGGCUACGUCGGCCUCGGUUUUUCUGUCGGCGAUGAACUCGGGUUCCGGGAGUCAUUAUCCAACUUGGACAUCAGCAAGAGACGAAGUGUGCAAGCCGAUGCCGGAAAUAAUGUUGGUAUAGGUAAUGGGUUCAUCAAAAGAGAUGACGCGAGAGCAAACGCAAAAAUAGUACCGCCGUUCAAACCACUGCCUCCAGGUGCGUCGAGGCCAAUGGCUCCGCAACCUGAACAUCAGCGGCUGGUUGUCCAGAAAAACUCGACGGCCUUGAGAACGAUUCCAGCCCCAUCUUUGACGGCGAUGCAAGAGGCCGCGGCACUGCGUCAGCAGAAAUUGCAACAGCAGCAGAAACUAGCAUUGCAACAGCAGCACCAGCAGCAGCAACUCCAGCAGAAGCAGCUUCAGCAGCAGCAGCUCCAGCAACAGCAGCAGCUCCAACAGCAGCAGCUUCAACAACAGCAGCAACAACGUGCUCAGUACGAAGCUAAACUACGUCAGCAACAGAGGCUCCAACAAGAAGCAGUAGCUCUCAAGGUUCUGAAAGAGCAACGUCAGCAACAGCAAGAAGCUCUUGCUCAAUAUCAGAAAUUGUCUCUCCAACAUCAGCAGGUCAUGCCUCAGUCACUGGGUCUCCAGACCAAGCGCAUUCAGGUACCACAGACUAUCGUAGUGAAUAGCAAUGACGUCUCCUAUAGCCAACCGUUACCGCACAUCGUUGCUGCGAUACCUCCAGCAGGAAGCGUCGUCAACAUGAACAACAGAAUCGCCAGUGAUUCAAAGCCUCUGACAAGCGUAGUAUCAGUUAGCAAUAGUGGGCUGCCUUUUAUUGCGAUGCCUGAGUCUUCUGCCCAAUUGACUGACCGGAUCAGCCACAGCCCGGCUGUUAGUCAAGAGUCGGACAACCAGUUGUCCAAAGACAACUAUAUCCAGCUACCACUGCCGAAUGAUGAAAUGAUCGCGUCGGUUAAUGAAAUGACUCUGCAGUCUCUCAAUCCAGCGAGCACGGCGGAAGCUCUCGAGUCAUCGAAGCAACAGAAUGAAAAACGUCAGUCAUUGCCGUCGCUGGCGCCCAUUCAAGGAAUGGAGACCUCGCUUAAGGCUCUUGCAGAAGCUAGCAACAUCACUCUUGAAGCUCUCGAAGCGGCCAUUUUGCUCAGACAACAGCAGCUGCUGGACAAGCAGCAGGGAACUACUACGACGAGCUCGACCACUACGCAAGCUCCAAUUAAAACUAGCUACACCAAUUCCGGCACAACAAAAGUUAUGAACGCACCACGCGAGUACUAUCCAAUGAGCUACGACAAAAACUUCGACGACAACUUCGCCAGCAGAGUCGAUUUACCAGACACAAGUUUUUACUGCGGGGACCAGAAACACUUUCCCGGUCUCUACGCCGAUGAAGAUCUCGGCUGCAUGGUCUUCCAUGUCUGCGCGUUGACGGACCAGGGUUUGAUCAUGAAGAGUUUCCUGUGUCCCGAGUCGACGCUAUUCGACCAGACGAUUCUCAAAUGCAACUGGUGGUUCUACGUCGACUGUAAAUCAUCAAAGAGUUUGUAUGACAGCAACAUUCCUAUCAGCAAAAGCUACCAGCUGAUGAAAGCACUGGCGUUCUUUUCUGCUUACAAGAACCACGACAACUCGACAGCGAACUCUGAAAGCGGCUCUUGAGCUGCUUAAUUGUUGCUGGUUAAAUUAUUUUAUGACUUGAAAUUCUCAAGUCUUUUGCUCAACAAAUAUAUGCAUAAGUUCAUUGUUAUUUUAAUUAUGUAUAUUAAUUAAUUGCUUGAUUAAUAGAUCCAAGAUCUAUUCAGCUUUAAUGCUAUGCACUGUACGAUACCUAAUUUAUUUUAGUCUUAAGCCGGACACGUACUUGAAAUAUUAAUUGUUCAUUACACUAAAAUAAUUGUAAUAUAUUUAUUUAAUUAAUUAAUUCAU